CUUAAGCCACCACUCUGGUGAGGAAGCACUCAGUGCUGCUGCUGCCUGGAACUCCCAAGUUAAGGAAAACAGCUUCCCUGAAGCCAAGCCACAACAAAGGAGAGAAAAAUGGCCUUAGCAAUCCACAAGAUCCUCAUCAGUGAGACUGUGGACGCAGUUUGCAAGAACAUCUUGGAGCAGAAUGGUAUAGAAGUGGUGGCAAGGAAUCAAAUGGCCAAGAAUGAGCUGCUGGCUGAAAUUAAGGACUAUGAUGGACUUAUCGUGCGUUCUGGAACAAAAGUUACUGCUGAUGUGAUUAACGCUGCAAAAAAUCUGAAGAUAAUUGGCAGAGCUGGAGUUGGUGUCGAUAAUGUGGAUGUUAAUGCAUCAACAAGGAAUGGCAUCAUUGUUAUGAACACACCAAAUGGGAACACACUCAGUGCAGCUGAGCUGACUUGUGCAAUGAUUCUGUGCCUGGCCAGACAAAUUCCACAAGGAACUGCCUCCAUGAGAGCUGGAAAAUGGGAUAGAAAGAAGUUCAUGGGUGUGGAGCUCUUCGGGAAAACUCUUGGAAUCGUAGGACUUGGAAGAAUUGGCAAAGAGGUAGCGACGAGAAUGCAGUCAUUCGGGAUGAAGACCAUCGGUUAUGAUCCUAUAGUUCCUGCUGAGGUGGCAGCCACUUUUGGAGUCGACUUCAUGUCACUGCCACAGCUCUGGCCACUGUGUGACUUCAUCACUGUCCACACUCCUCUAGUGCCAGCUACUAAAGGGUUGUUGAACACUGAAUCCUUUGCCAAAUGUAAAAAAGGCGUCAAAGUUAUUAACUGUGCUCGAGGAGGCAUUAUCGAUGAAGAAGCGUUACUUCAAGCGUUGGAGUCUGGGCAGUGUGGUGGCGCAGGACUCGAUGUAUUUGGAGAGGAACCACCAAAGAAUACUGCUCUGGUGAACCAUCCAAAUGUGGUCAGCUGCCCUCACCUAGGAGCCAGCACCCAUGAAGCCCAAAGACGGUGUGGAGAGGACAUUGCAAAUCAAAUAGUGGACGUGGUGAAGGGCAAGGCACUGGUUGGAGCGGUCAAUGCCCAAGCUCUCACCAGUGCCAUGGAUCUUGAAACCAAGCCCUGGAUCCAGCUUGGGGAGGCACUGGGUGUAAUGGGCCAGGCUUUAGCUGGAAAAGUCAAUGAUCAAAUGAAGGUAAAAGUAACAACACUGGGUGAAUCCUUGAGAACUGCUAAGAAUUACCUUACCUCGGCGGUGAUGGUUGGCUUGCUUAAAGGAGCAUCUGAGAACUAUGUCAACCUCAUCAAUGCACCCCUGUUUGGAAAAGAGGCAGGAUUGUCUAUUACCAGCCAGCACAGGGACUCCUUUCCAGAAUCUGCCACUGGGGCAUUGAGCCUGGAGAUAUCUACUCCUGGUGCCUCCUAUAAACUUCUCGGUUCUGUACAAGGGAAUGUCCCAGUGAUGCUGGGACUUGAUGGAGCGAGGCUUGCCCAGGCUGUGCUGCUGAAGGGAAACCUGCUGAUCUACAAGGCAGAAUCGAAUCCUCAAACGGUGCUGUCGGUUGGGGAAAUGGCUGUUCAAGGGGAUGACGAAUAUUCCUAUGAGUUUAAGGACUCGUGUCAUUCUAUGGAAUUCCUGGAUGCCUUUAAAGAGUUUUAUUUGAAUGGAUUAUUUGCAGACAUCACUUUGCAGUGUGUGUCCGGACAGUUGUUUCAUUGCCACAAAGCAGCUCUGGCAGCUUGCAGCACCUAUUUCAAGAUAAUGUUCACCGCGGAUAUGAAGGAAAAAGGCAACAAGGUCAUUAAACUCCCCGGCGUUGAUCACAGCAUCCUGGAGGCUCUUGUGUGCUAUGUAUACACAUCAGAGGUGGUAAUAACAGAAAAAAAUGUCCAGAGUCUUUUGGAGGCUGCAGAUCUUCUGCAGUUUAUAUCCGUAAAAAAAGCAUGUGAAGACUUUCUGGCCAGACACCUGGAUGUCGACAACUGUUUGGGAAUGCAUUCCUUCGGUGAGUUCCACGUUUGCACCGAUUUAGAAAAGGAAUCUCGAAGGAUGAUCCUCUCCAGGUUUGAAGAAGUUUCAAGACAGGACGAAUUCUUGGAGCUCAGCAAGGACAAACUCUUUUUCAUUCUUUCCAGGGAUAACCUCAACGUGUGGAAAGAAGAUGUCCUUUUGGAAGCCAUAGUUAAGUGGAUUGCGUACGAUGUGAAAAACAGAAUUGAAUGUGUGGAAGAAUUACUGAGGUACAUUGACGUUGAUUUGGACGAGUUGUACCUCAGAACAGCACUGGAGUUGCACGGGCGACGCCUGCUCACCAGUAACAUUAAGAUGCGUUCCUUAAAAUGUCACAUUUUGAAAGAAAAACAAAAUAAUCUCAAUCCGCUGUCUUGGAAGCCAACGUGCAAUAUGUUUAUCGUUGGCGGUUAUUAUUGGCAUCCAUUGUCAGAGGUCCAUGUUUGGAAUCCUUUGACCAAUUCCUGGAUACAGGGCUCACAGAUGCCUGACCACACAAGAGAAAGCUAUAGUGUAUCUGCUUUGGGAGCGCACAUUUAUGUGACAGGAGGUUAUAGGUCAGACAAUCUGGAAGCUCUGGACACUGUAUGGAUCUAUAAUGCAGAAAGGGAUGACUGGACAGAAGGGAGUCCUAUGUUGAAUGCUCGCUAUUAUCACUGCUCAAUUACUAUGAGUGGAUGUGUCUAUGCAAUGGGUGGUUACACAGGAGGGGCUCCAAAUCAAGAAGCAGAAUUUUAUGAUCCCUUGAAAAAGAGAUGGAUCCCGAUUGCAAACAUGCUGAAAGGAGUUGGAAAUGCAACAGCUUGCGUCCUCCGAGAUGUCAUAUACGUAAUCGGAGGCCAUUAUGGUUAUCGAGGAAGUUCCACAUAUGACAAAAUUCAGAGUUACACUUCAGAUCUUAACGAAUGGACCAUUGUGACAAUUACUCCACAUCCAGAGUAUGGACUUUGCUCUGUUGGUUUAUAUGAUAAGCUUUACUUAGUUGGCGGCCAAACAACAAUUACUGAAUGUUAUGAUCCAGAGAAGAAUCAGUGGAGACAGAUAGCCCAGAUGAAUGAAAGGCGGAUGGAAUCAGGUGCAUUGGUGAUGAAUGGUUGCAUUUAUGUCACAGGUGGAUACUCCUAUUCUAAGGGAACGUACUUACAGAGUAUUGAGAAAUAUGACCCUGAGCAAGACUCUUGGGAAAUAGUUGGGAACCUGCCUAGUGCAAUGCGUUCACAUGGCUGUGUUAGUGUGUAUAACGUGUCAUCGUAAAAGGUAUUAUUUUAUUUAUAAUCUGGUAUUUUUUAGCCCACCGAACAAAAUACACGUAUCACAAUGGGGAUAAAGUUAUAACAGUUGUUUCACCUGUACCUCACGAUCUCUGGGCACAAAUGCAUCAGGAAAAGUGAAAUAUUCAGACACGCAGGAUACUUAAGGAGUACAUUCUAUAAGUCAGAUUUCCCCAUUAAGUGAAGGAGACCUGACAUUUUACACCAUUUGUAUUGUAUUUUGAAAUGAUUACUAUUUAUACUAUUGAGAUGUGUAAUGUUUAAUAAAAACAAAAACAUAGUUGGUUGUUUAUCCUGAUUCUUGUGAUUAAAACGGACAUGCUGUUUGUUCAACUUAAGCUGAACUUAAGAUAUAAAACACACAAGUUCCACAGA